CUGCAGCCGUCGCCGCCGCCGCCACCCGGAGGACCCAGCAAAAGUUUGGAUCUGGGGGAGGACGCGGCGCUGAGCGGCUUUACCACCAGGGCUGGAAGGAAACCUCGAGAACCUUCGCAGAUUGUGGAUUGAACUUAACCAAGAAAUUCAGAGACUGAUCAACGCCAUUCGGACCUACAGCAGAGGAAGGCAGCUCUGGGUGCCCCAUCGGGUCCUUGUUGAACGGGGUAACUUGGCAUCACUUGCUGCCUGUGUGGAAAAUCCUCCCUGUUGAAUUCCCUCCUCCCCAGCCCCCCUCCCCCCAUGGAGGGCAGUGGCAAAGAAGGCCACACAGGCUGAUAGGACCAGGACCAGAGCCCGCUGGAAGAUUUUUUGACUGUGGACCUUGGGGACUUCUCCCUCUAGUUGGCGUUCUGGACUUUGACUUGAUCAUUUUGGAUUUCUCUCUAUUGUUAUUUUGAUUUUUUGCUUUUGCUUUUCCCAAUCCCACUGUAUUUUAUUUCUGUACUUCAGCAAUGGGCCUACAGACUACACAGUGGCCCAGCUAUGGGGCUUUUUUCCUGAAAUCCUGGCUUCUCAUUUCCCUGGGGCUCUCCUUCCAAGUGUCCGAAACCCUGGCGUGCCCCAGCGUGUGCCGCUGCGACAGGAACUUUGUCUACUGUAACGAGCGAAGCUUGACCUCAGUGCCUCUUGGGAUCCCGGAGGGCGUGACCGUACUCUACCUCCACAACAACCAAAUCAAUAACGCUGGCUUUCCCGCCGAGCUGCACGACGUGCAGUCAGUUCACACCGUCUACCUUUACGGCAACCAACUGGACGAAUUCCCCAUGAACCUUCCCAAGAACGUCCGAGUCCUCCAUUUGCAGGAAAACAACAUUCAGACCAUUUCCCGCGCGGCCCUGGCCCAGCUGCUGAAGCUUGAGGAGCUCCAUCUGGACGACAACUCCAUCUCCACGGUGGGAGUGGAAGACGGGGCCUUCCGCGAGGCGCUCAGUCUCAAACUGUUGUUCCUGUCCAAGAACCACUUGAGCAGCGUGCCCGUGGGACUUCCUGUGGACUUGCAAGAGCUGAGAGUGGAUGAGAACCGCAUCGCUGUCAUAUCUGACAUGGCUUUCCAGAACCUCACGAGCCUGGAGCGUCUGAUUGUGGACGGGAACCUCCUGACCAACAAGGGCAUUGCCGAGGGUACCUUCAGCCACCUCACCAAGCUCAAGGAAUUUUCCAUCAUCCGGAACUCGCUCUCCCGCCCGCCUCCUGAUCUCCCAGGUACUCAUCUGAUCAGGCUGUAUCUGCAGGACAACCAGAUCAACCACAUCCCGCUGACGGCCUUCGCCAACCUCCGCAAACUGGAAAGGCUGGAUAUCUCCAACAACCAGCUGCGAGUGUUAACGCAAGGCGUCUUCGAUAAUCUCUCCAACCUGAAGCAGCUCACGGCGCGGAAUAACCCUUGGUUUUGUGACUGCAGUAUCAAGUGGGUCACAGAAUGGCUCAAAUAUAUCCCAUCAUCUCUCAACGUGCGGGGAUUCAUGUGCCAAGGGCCCGAACAAGUCCGGGGCAUGGCCGUCAGGGAGCUGAAUAUGAAUCUUCUAUCGUGCCCCACCACCACGCCGGGCCUGCCACUCUUCACCCCGGCCCCCAGCACUGCAGCACCCACCGCCCUGCCGCCCACGCCCGCGGGCCCCACUCCCGGCUGGAGCGCCACGCCGGCGAGCCCCACCACCGCGAAACCUCCCACCCUCCCGGACUGGGACAGCAGGGAACGAGCGACCCCACCUGUAUCGGAAAGGAUCCAACUCUCGAUCCAGUUUGUGAAUGACACUUCCAUUCAAGUCAGCUGGCUCUCUCUCGUUACUGUGAUGGCCUACAAACUCACGUGGGUGAAACUGGGCCACAGCUUAGUGGGAGGCAUCGUGCAGGAGCGCAUCGUCAGCGGUGAGAAGCAACACUUGAGCCUGGUGAAUUUAGAGCCCAGGUCCACCUACCGGAUUUGUUUAGUGCCGCUGGAUGCUUUUAACUACCGCGCGGUGGAGGACACUGUCUGCUCGGAGGCCACCACCCACGCCUUCUAUUUGAACAACGGCAGCAACACGGCGUCCAGCCACGAGCAGACCACCUCGCACAGCCUGGGCUCCCCGUUUCUGCUGGCCGGCCUGAUCGGGGGUGCGGUGAUCUUUGUGCUGGUGGUCUUGCUCAGCGUCUUUUGCUGGCACAUGCACAAAAAGGGGCGCUACACUUCCCAGAAGUGGAAAUACAACCGGGGCCGGCGGAAAGAUGACUACUGCGAGGCGGGCACCAAGAAGGAUAACUCCAUCCUGGAGAUGACAGAAACCAGCUUUCAGAUCGUCUCCUUAAAUAACGAUCAGCUCCUUAAAGGAGAUUUCAGACUGCAGCCCAUAUACACCCCGAAUGGGGGCAUUAAUUACACAGACUGUGUCAUCCCCAACAAUAUGCGCUACUGCAACAGCAGCGUGCCGGACCUGGAGCACUGCCACACGUGACGGCCAGACCGGUGUCCCCUCGGCGGACCGGCGACUGGAGAACACACACGUGUGUGCACAUACAGACACGCGAAUUACAUUUGAUAAAUGUUACACAGAUGCAUUUGUGCAUUUGAAUACUCUGUAAUUUAUACGGUGUACUAUAUAAUGGGAUUUAAAAAAAAGUGCUAUCUUUUCUAUUUCAAGUUAAUUACAAACAGUUUUGUAACUCUUUGCUUUUUAAAUCUUAAAAAAAAAAAUAGUUGCUGAAGUACUGUACAGGGUUGUACAAUGAGAACCCAAUGCCAAGCGCGCGAACGAGUGAUUUCUUCCUCAUGAUGCACAUUAACCACUUGGUUGUGAGGUUGCCAGAGUAAGUUCCUUUCUUGGAUGCGGUGAUGAGGUGAAAGAGCAGAUGAAAACGGGCUCCUCAGAGCAGGCUACAUCUUAGGGGUGAGACAAGAAGUAGCCCACGGUUUUCAUGCUAUUUCCAGACUUCCUGGGAAAGUUUAAAAUCCGAACUAAAGAAAGGAGGUAGUUACCCUGAUCUUGAUCCAAAACAGGAAAUGCAGAAAGCAUUAGGAGGAAGUUGGUCCCUGUGAGAUAAGUUAACCCAACCAGGCAGCGUGGAGAAAAGGAGAUAAGAUGUGAGGAGACCUUGGAACCCUGGGUUGGCUUUCUGACUGGAGGAUUAGAAACCACUCCUCAUGCGUUCCUGGCCCUGGAUGAGAAAAAAGUUAGAGACCCGGAUCUGAUUUUUGCCAUCUCCAAGGACAGGUCUCAUGUCCCAGCAAGAAAAUUCCCUUUAAUAACAUAAUGAUGCAAAUCUUACGUCCAGGUUGAAUCAUGUUCAACAGAAAUAUAUUCUAGAAUACUUUUUUAGAAGAGGCUAAUAAAAUAAUGGGAAGAAUUAUAUUGAAUGGAAUUAUUUUUGAUAAUGAGAAUUAUUUGGGUAGAUUUUUUGCAGCUAUGUCAACAUGAUACUUAACCCAACACAAGAUCAAUGUCUGUACUAUAUUCAAAGAGCUUGUUACUUAAAAGUUAUUACUACCAUUUAGAAAAAGCAUGUCACCAGUUAUUCUGCUAACUCCUCUAUCAACUGACUCUGUUAACGUAUCAUGGUGACAUAACGUGCAUUAAUAUCUUUAUCCCCUCACAAAUUUUUGUCUUCCAAUCACCUUACAUAUAUUUUCGUAAUUAGCUAUUUAUGCUACAAUUGUUUUCUUCCCCCCUCUGCUCAAAAUUUGAAAGACAAUUUUGGAUGCUACUCUUGAUUACAUAAACUAUCCAUACAAAUAUAUACAUUUAAAAUGUAAUGCUAAUUUUCACUGCUAAUAAGGACACAGCAAAGCUGGUCAAAAUACGAAUUUUUUUUUCCCCCUUAAAAGCAAUACCAUAAUUCCACCUUGGGCUGACUUUGAUCCUACUCCAUUUUUGAAAUUUCAUUUAUUCUUUUUCAAUUUUGGAUGGUCCCCUUCUUUGGGAAUUGUAGAAGGAUAAUCAAUCUUCUAUUAACAGGAUAGCAGAUGAAAAAUGAACAAAUCUGGGAGAGAAGAAUCCUUCCCUUAAUCUGGGCUGAAUGCAGCCCAUAGAGCAGAGGGUAUAAAGAAGAGAGGAAUGUUCAUGUUUAAUUCUAGAUAUUUUUGAAGCAAUGUCCAUCUUCAGAAAGCAUAUGUAAUUUACUCCUUUCCACCCUUAGAUGUAGAAGGGCUAUAGAUCAUAUGCAUUAUAUAAAACAUACACCUUUGGUAAAUUCUUCUUAAAAUCAAGUUUAGGCAUUUCAUGCUCUGUUGCAUAUUUCCUGUGCCAUUGGGUUUUUUGUUUGUUUGUUUUUUUAGGAACCCAUGAAGUCAAUGUCACAAUCAUUUUGCUUUCCUUCUCUCUCACUUUCACAAGACAGAACUGUGAUGUGUCUUCUUUGUAAAAGUUUAGGUAUAAAAUUCUAUGCAAGUUUUUUCUUUAUAGUAAGAGCUUUAUUUUCUUUAAAAAUAUACCCCAACUUAUAUGUUAUAAUAUCUCUUGUUCUUCAGAAGAAGCAGAACUAUAAAGCUAUAAUACUAUAGACACAAGAAUCAAAACUGUGCAGUCAGUUGAGCUGCAAUUAGUUGCAAAUUAAUUUGAAUUCAUUCUAAAGUGAAUUUGGUUUCCAUUUUAGUCUACUAGCUGGUAAGUUUUAAAAACUAGGUCCACACAAGGAUGGGAUGAGAGAUUCUGUGUGUGAUCAGAGAAGCAGUAAAGCCAUCGCAAAUCUGAAAAUGACGUCGGACUUUGUGUAUUUAACUGGAUAAUUCCCUUUCACUGUCUUCUUUCUCUUGGCUGUAGAUAAAACUAUGUGUUCAAAUGAUGGCACUUUGACUUUUGAGGUUUUUUUUUUUUUUAUCCACAAAAUAAGUAGUUUCAUUUAUUUGUAUUUUGUGACUAACUUCCAGUGUGUAAUUGGCUGCUGAAAUUAAUCUGGGCAAAGAAGACUGAGGUUGGAGAGGUUCUCUGCUCUCGAAGGAGAUUCACCAAGUGAUCAGAGACAUAGGUGACCCUCAGGUGAGAGAGUCAGGCUGCUCUGAAAAGGUGCCUUUGCUAUAAGGUAUUUCUGAAGAGAUAGAAUGUAGACAGUUUGUUCAAUGAUGUACACAAUGCGACAAAGGCUGGUCAAGUGAAUGUCAGCCUCCCACUUGUCAUAGCAUACCUGGGACUCACCUACACCAGCAGAGAAAGCACAUCAUGGCUUUUGGAUUGUCUUAUGUGUCUUAGGGAACUGAUGACAACCAUCACUGACAGAUUGUGCAUGGAUUGGCAUAUAUAGUUGUGGGAAUGUGUUUUGCCGAUAGACCUGUUUUGUCCUUGGGCUUCACUUGCUAUCAUUAUGUAUGUUGAGGAGAUCAUUCCAGAGUCAAAGUUGAAGGUGUAGGUCAAGAUCAUAAAGUCCUACUUACCGGCUGAUAAACAGUUUGGUGCUGUCCGACCCAAUGAAUUGGGUCCACUAUCAGAGCAAGGUCGCUGCCCCUGUGCAGAGGCAAUUCCAGAGGAAAAGCCAUGAUCACACCAGUGUUCUUGACCAUUAUUCCUACCCAGAGUUGUCAUAAAUAUCUACAUGUUCGGAGAGUGGUGUUUGAUCAUGGAGAGACCGGGACUUCCCUCAAAAGUGUCAAAUGCAUCAGCAAUUAUCCAUGGGACAAUCACAGAGACAAGGAGUGUUGCUCUGCCUAUUUCCUGAUGUAUCAAGGGAAAAGGAUUCUACCCUGUAAAAAAUAACAUAGUAUCUAAUUAUCUGGAUGUUUGUUGAAAAUGUUAAGAAAGAGUGAGUGCCAUGUGACCAGUCUGGUAACAAAUAUUAAGUAUCAAAUACUGCAGCUCCCUAACCUACUAGAGCAGAUUAUACCUGUCCUAGUGAUUUCACAAGAGUUAGAUCUUCCUUCCCAACUGGAAAGGACAAGCCCUUUAUAUUGUGAGCAGAACAAGCAAUUCAAACGCAAGGCGACAUUACAGUUCACAGGGGAUCCCUGCCGGCUUUGAUCAGAGAACUCAGCAGAGUCCUUUGCCACUUUGACAGUGAAGUGGUUAAUACCAUUGACUUAUUUGUUCAUUACAUUUUUUCUCUAACUUAUAACAAGUAGAAUUAAGUUUUACUUAGAACAUGAGCUAACUGUUUUGCUCAUGAGUUACCUUUCCAAGAUAGGUGGGAAAACAGCAGAGAAGUAUAAAGAUAGAUGCACAAAAUGAAACAGAAACCUCCCAGUCUUACUGUCAAACCUUGCCUGACGUUGUACUCCAUAGUCAAAAUAUUAACUUAGGAAGCAAGUGCUUAUCAUCCUUUAAUUUCUGCAGCAUGGUGGGAAGAAGAUUGCAGGCACUAUGAGAAACCAGCCACUGAUGGUGGGGACCAAGUUGCAUUUGUUAUUGUUGCUAUAGCAAUUCAGGUUCCUUUGCUUUGUUUUGUUUUUGUUUUCUUUCCUUUUGUAGCAUUACUCCCACCAGAAGAGCACAAAGCAACGCCAUUGCAGCAGACUUUUUAAAAACUAGUUUAAAAUGCAUGUUAACACACACAUGCACACACACACACACACACACACCCUACUGGGGCAUCUGUAAAUUAUCCAUGGGAUGUUAGAUUGAUAUUCAUUUUGAGGCAAGCUGAAGGCGUCUCCACUGUCUCUGAUAGGGCCAAUGUAUGUUCACUGAAAGGUAAUCCUGAUAAUGGCUUAUUGUGUGGACCAUAUGUUGAUUUGUUUCCGGUUAUAUUUAGUAUGUUCUCCUGACAAGGGGACUGGAAGAUUCUGCAUCACAAUCCUCUGAGACCUAUCAUGCGGCACAUUUUAACUACAAAUUUGACUCUGCACUCUACAGUACCUUGUUGAAAUACUCAGUAAAGGCUUAUUUUAAAAGUAAUCCACUUUGUGUUUAUCUAAGUUCAUCGGGGUGCAGACAGUACUGGAGUCUUGAUGGUUACCUCUUGAUCAUACAAGAGAAUGGCAGGAAUAAAGGAGGUAAUAAUAAGAUCUUUCACAUUCUGUGUCAUGAGGGCAAACUGAUUAUUUUAGGCCUUUGAUCCUUUCGGUGUGAGGGGUUCAUAUAUGCAUAUCAUGUUUUUUCUACUCCCUGACUAACAGGUGUGUUCCUAUAGUCUUUAAAUAUGCACACAAUCAUUGAACAUAUUAUUUCAUAGUUGUGAAAUAGUGCUGUUUAGCAUAUAAAUAUCAAUGUAGUUAUCCAAUCAGAAUAGUCUCACUUAUUUCAUAUUAUGUACUAUUGCUUUGAUUGUCAGUUUUUUUUUAAAAUCCCCCAUGAUACUUUUCAUUUAUAGCUUAUCCACCGCUAUUUUCAAUGAGCACUCAUGAAAAUGGAUCUAUCCAUAUGCUCAAGUCCAACUCAGGCUUCAUCUCAUGACUUUCCAGAAUCUCUCUCACCUAUCUUGGCCAUUUCUCAAAUAACAUAUUUAACAGAGAUUGAGUCAAGGGAUAUAAUGACACUUUAGUAAACUAAUAUUAAUUACUUGGAGAAUCUCUGUUGGAAAAUUAACUAUGAAAGAUAGUGAUCAGUGUUGAUUGAUUUUACAUCUGGAAAAUUAUGUCCAUGCAACGUUUGGUUACUUUAACCAAAAGUUACACACCAUACUCUGAAAACCAGACCUGUGGUCAGAGGAUACCAUCCAUUCAUAGAAGUUUUUUCUUUCUACUCUGUUCAAGGCACUGAGGUCUCAUAGAAGAGACUUCAGAGGGCUCAGAGAAAAGUAGAAUCCCUGUGAACCCAAAGCUAUCUUCUACUCUGCUCUGUUCCUAAGAAAUUGGGGUACAUCUGGAAUACUUACUUCUCACCUACUUCCACAGAGUACUUUCUGUGUUACUGGGUAUUCAGACCAAAAUAUGAAUCCACUGCAAAGGGACUAAACAGAUCAGGGAAUAAACAUGUUUUCUCACACAAUCAUCCCAGAGCACAAAUAAUGAGUGUACAUUUUUUUCAUUAAACUCAACAAUGUCUAAGGUAACUAGAAGACAUACGUCUGAUAGUAUAUUGCAUCUGUUAUAUAUAUCAUAUUUUGGUGUUUAACAGACAAAAUGAUACUGCAUUGAUAAAACUCAAUUCAAUUAAAAUUUCAGAUGUAUACCAUGUAAUCAAAAGUUUAGGCAUCACAUUUGGUAAUUAUACAUGCAACCUCUUAAAUUGCCACUGAGCACCAGAAUGGAAAUCAAUUUAAAGAAAUAAAGACACCUGACGAUUAUUGAGCACCUAUAUAUACAUAUGAUCAUGUACAAAAAGCUUUGAUACGUGUGAUUACACUUUUUCUUUAACUCUCUAAGCUGUAGUCUCUUUAUUGUUUACAUUUUAAAACACAGGUUUCUAAAGUGGGGCGUGGUUGGUUCACAGUCCCAAAUCCUGUCAAUGAGAGUUGGGAAUUACCAUGAUUCUAUGGAGUCUUCACUGUCUUCUUGCUUCUUUCUACACUGACUAGCCUUAAGACUGAAUAACCUUUAGGACAGAAUCUUGGUCAAGGUUGAAGAUUUUUGAUGAUAGAAGGUAUCACAUUUGGUUAUUUCUACAUGCAACCUCUCAGUAGAUGCAUAUAUUAAUUAUUGUUCAUGACAAAAUCAAGGGAAUAUUCUUAAAACUUCAAAAUAUUUAGCAAGCCCCUUAUUUUUGGUCAGCUGUUCCUGAUUUUUAUGAAAGUAUUUUUUAUUAUUAUUUGAUGGCUAGACCUUUUAUAUGAUUUGAAAUUUUGAGAUGUGAUAAAACUAGUUAUGAACCCACAGAGUGAGACUGAAGAACUUUUUAAGGACAUAAGUCAGGUUAUUUAUAGUAAUCAAUUUGUUACAUGCUCGAGAGUUCCCUCAGUACUGUAGGGUCCUGCUGAGCAUGCUCAUAUGUCAGAAUCUAUUAGGCCAUUAGCAAACUGCCUUGUGAAUUUACAGUUACUUUUUUCAUAGCAUAGAAUUUGUGCUUUAGAGGCUAUUAUCUGAGCUUUGCUUUCAUUCACUAAACUGAAAGUUAAGAAAAUGUGACCAGUAUACUCCAAGCCAGAUGUCAUUUUAGUACAUACACAGGUGAUUCUACUUUUCUAUUUUCCAGCAGGAAGUCUAAACUAGAUGGACGUUUCAAUAUCUCCUCUGGUGGAGCACGUUUACUUAUCCUUUCUAUGUCAUGAUAAACCUUCAUGUUGGGUAAAUCUUUCCCUCAUCAAAUGCUACACUUCUUCCUUUGGGCCUUUGUUGGUUUAGUUUUGUUUUCAUCCAGUAAAUAUUUGCUGAGUUUUGGUACUGAAUAAGAUUGUUUUCCAGGAGAGUUAACCGCAUCAUCUUAAGUCUUUACUGAAAGCUGCCUUUUUCUCCUUUGAACUCCACAUGUCUACAUUUAAAUAGUCAGCCAUCCUGGUCCCUAUUUCUGACACUCAAAUGUAUUUUCUUCCCAAAAUUUUCUAUCUAUGAUAAGUUUAAGACCCUUCCUCUAGGUCAACCUUAGCUACACACUACAGGACAAAGGAUAAUUUAUAAGGAGCCCUUGAUUGACACUGCCUUGCUUUCAAAAUAUUCCAUUACUAUUAUUUUUAAGAGUUAUUAUGCAUACAAGAGUUUAGAUGUAGAGCCAAGGUGCAGGAGGGUGAGAGGAUUCACUAGAGAUAGAGUAUGGAACAGGACAUGUGAGUCCACUAAAAUACACUGCUGAAGGGAGCAACAGACAAAGACAGGAGAGGUCU